CACAAUAAAUGAGAACUCAUCCGGUGAUAUUCUGUAAAUACUCUAAACUAACCUCACUUGUUUUUAUCUUAAUAAUAAUUAUUGUUCUGCCAAAACAAAGAUGAAUUCUGCAUUACAUAUUACACGUAUGCUGAACAUAUCUUGUAAACGACACAUGAGUUCUAUUAAAUUACCAUCAGAAAUUGUUGUACCAUUAAGCAAAGAUAUGAUUAUAUGUUGGCAUCCAGAGCCAAAAUUUCCUUAUGAGUGUUCAUUACCAUUACCGGAAGAGAAACAAGUUCCAUCAAAUUCUAUUUUGGCUAUUGGUGAAAAAGAAAUUUCAGAAGUUUUUAAAAAAAAGAGAUCAGAAGUAGUUAUUGAAGAACUUUCUAAAAUGACAUAUACUACAAAACAUAGGUGGUAUCCUAAAAAGGAUAGGAAUCCAAUUAAGAUAAAGCCAGAAAGACCGUAUCUGUAAAUGUAAUUUGUAUUUUCAAUAAAUACAAUGAAAUAUUAAAUAAAACUAAAACUAAACAGGA